GAGUGGCAUGGAGCUGUCCUCUUGGAUGAGGGCUGAAUUGAAGCUGGGAGGGAAUUAAUUGGGUGAGUUUCUUCGUCCUGAUGUAAACACCGGGCUGACGUCAGAGGGAGACGCGCCUUAAAAUCCAAAGAGCGCAUACAGGGAGACGCAUGCUUAGAUCACAGACAUGAUCCGGCUCAUGGUUGUAGGAGAAGUGGGAGGCAGUGGAAAGCGGCAGCAGCCGUAGUGAGUAAAAGAGAGAAGUUCCUUCCAGAGCCCGAGGCGCGCUGGGAUGACAGCGGCGCGUAAAGGUCUGCGCGCCAAGACGUCGAUCAGGGGGUAGACAAUUUUGUUAUCUUUAAAAAAAAAGCGGAAAUUUGGACGGAAAUAACAGUGUCUCUGAUCUGGUGUCCGUGGGAAAACAAUCUGUUUGGCACGGAUGCUGUUGGAUGUGGCCACGCGUUUUUCUUCCUGCUUUUGUGUUAUUUUCCUACUUUGAACCAUGGCUUACUCGCAACUGGGAUAUUCCUACUCCACCCCACCACAGUUUCUGAUGACCUCUGGUUCUCCUGCGUCGCACCCAGUGCUGCGCUCCCCGGGCCAUCAGCUCCCUCCUGGAAGUGGCAUCGGGGUCUACGGCGGCGCUUGCCCAAAGAGCCACAGCUACUACAACACAUGCGCCAGCGACGCCUCAUCUCUCUAUUCCAGGGGGCCACUGGAUCCCAAAGAAGCUGCCCCCAUGCAUUUGGGGACAUCUCAGACCUCUGCCUAUUAUCCUUAUGAAUACACAUUUGGACAAUAUCCUUAUGACAGAUAUGGGUACUCCUGCUCGGAUAGCUCCUCGCGUCGUAAAAAUGCCACCAGGGAGACCACCAGCACCCUGAAGGCCUGGCUGCAGGAGCACCAGAAGAACCCGUACCCCACCAAGGGCGAGAAGAUCAUGCUUGCUAUUAUCACCAGGAUGACCCUCACACAGGUGUCUACGUGGUUUGCCAAUGCACGCAGGAGACUGAAAAAAGAGAACAAGGUAACAUGGUCACCAAGAGCCUGUAAAAGUUCUGAUGAGAGAGGCUGUGAUGAAGACAGCAGGGAAGCUGAGAAGCCGCUUGGAAGUAGCACACACCGUCAUGAUCAACCAAGUGCAGAACCCCAGAGUGACCUUGAGGACUUCGACAUGGUGGAGUCAGAUGCUUCUGAUGGCGACCCAAAGUCACAUGUUCUACCAGAGGACGAAGAAGCAAACCCAAACACAAAUCCUCCACACGGGCAGAGAUUGUCCGCAGAUUGCCCCAAACUAACACCAGUCAACCAUCAAAACACCUCCUUCUACAUGAAUCCAGACCUUCGAAGUCCUGACACCAAGCCAAAAAUCUGGUCCAUUGCACACACAGCUGUUCCCCCAGAAGCCGGCUCCCAGCCAGAAUACCCCCCGUGCAUGCUGUCGUCGACCCGGUCCUCCUCUCCUGUAUACCCAACGAACAUGGCGCUCACUAACGUGGACAGGCAACAAGAAUCUCCGGUGGCCACGCUGAGAGAGUGGGUGGAUGGGGUUUUCCACGGUCCUCCGUUCCAGCAUCCCAAACCAGCUGAGGUUUGGAAAGGCCUCAACGAAGCCAUGAUGGACAGUGGGACAUCCGCUCAACCCUUUGAACUCAUGCAGUCUACACCUUGUUUGUAGUCUAUGAACGUUGUAGCACUGGGGCGUAUGGACCAAAAACAAAAGUCUACAUUUUGUUCUGGCGAUAAGACUGAGUGACUGUACCUAAAGAGUCUUAAAUGGGAUUUAUUUUGCAUUCAUCUUGUAAGUCAUAAUGAGCUAAAUGGUAAAGGAAUUAUUUUAGCUCCAUAGGAAAGAGUCAGUCAGGUUUUCCAAGUAACAGUGAUGCAACCUCCAUCCAUUCUUGUGUUGUCAGUUUUGGACUUUGUUAGUGCUCAGAGGCAACCCCAAUUGUGUUGGUCCUAAAACAUCCUUAUACUUUCCACCCAGAAAGAAAUUCACAGCUUUCUUUGAUGAAAGCUGCCAAACAAUGAGGGAAAUGUGUUGCUCAGAUUUAGAAAAGAAAUCUUGUAAAGGUUUAAUCAAUAAUGGUUCCCCCUAAGUGUAGCAGAAAAAUGCCACAUCACUGUAAGUUUGAAGAAAAGUAAAGAAGUCCUUCAGCCCAUCGCCCCCUGAUAGCCAAUUAGACUGUAACCUUGGUUUAAUCGUAUCUUGAUAUUGUAAAACAAUUCAAACUCAUAAUAAAAAGCAGUAUUAGCUUUUAGUAUUAGUAUUAAAUUAAACAUUUGCUUUUGCUCAGUUUGUUGUUUUCUCAUCCAAACAGCAUCAGUGAUCACAAGCUAAAGUUAAUGAUUAAUGGAUAAUGGGCCUUUCAGACAGGAAGCCACUGCGUUCUCAAACCUGUUAUUUUCAGUGGCAUGCACCGUGCAAAGGCACAAAUGUGCUGUGCCGAGCCAUGUGCCAGCAAAGCACCGCGUACGGCUUGGCGAGCUUUGUGCACGGCGCAGUAAAGUGAAACUAUUUUGAACUUUGACCGCGAUGCGCAGUCACAGAUACACGACAGCCAGUAGAAACUGUGCCAUCCGAUCAUUGGCUGGAAAGACCAGGAAGCAAAAUGGGGGAGCAUUGCUUGAACUGUAUGAAUGACACAAGUUUGAGAUUGUAUCGCUUUAGCUCGUCACGGAUGCUGUUCGGAUGAGAAAACAACAAACUGAGCAAAAGCAAAUGUGUACUGUUCAACAUAGUUGAGCUUCUUAACAAGUCUCAACUCUCCAAGCUGAUCCUUAGGCCUGAGUGUUUUGUGCACCCACACCCUCUUCGUCCUUGCUGCUCUUUUUCUCCUAACUACCAACGCCAGCGCUUCACCUAACCCCACAGCAAGUGCAUUUCAAACUGGGUCCUGUGUGAAAGGCGCAUUAGGCUGCUAUUUGUAUCGUCCUGCUUGAUCAGCAGGGACUGGUGGGUUCGCUCUAUGUCCACAGGAAAUGGAACGGAAAAAAACUUUGGGUUUCGUGCAACAGGACUGAAGAUGACGUGUUCCUGUGAGACUCACGAUUAGCUGAGCAGCUGAAUUCUCAUGAGCUAAUGCUAGCUGGAUAUAUGCAACCACUUUGUGCUUAAUCUAGCAAAUAAAACAGCUCACACUGGAUGCGUUUAAAACUUCAAGGGAUGAAACAUUACAUUUCUAUAAGCAGUAUUAAUUGUCCACAGAUUAUUUUUAAUGUCAGAACAACUGAGCCAAAGUUACUUUGGUUAAUGCUAAAAUCCACCUGGAGUGGCAGAAAAAAUUUGAUUUUUUAAAGGGCUGCUGGCUGGGCAACAGCAUCAAAGAUGGUACGUUUCCUGUCUUUUUCAGGUUUUAAAGUUGUUUGGAAAUUGUCCACGCAAACUAACAGCUGGAUAAAGCAAAUCCACAGAGCAGAGAAGGCUAACAGCUAAUCACAUAGCCCUCGGUUUUGGCAAAAUCUAAAAUUUGCGGGCUGAGAGCGGACUGACCGGAGAGGCUGAUUGAUACAGCCGCCAGCGUCUGCAAACAUAAUUUUAGCACAGUCACAAGGGCACUGUUCAGCUUAGAAAUGUUAAGAAAAGUAAAAAUGGUAACGUAAAUAAUUUUAAAUCACUAAAAUGAUCUAAAAUGGCUAGCUAUUUUUUUUAUUUUUAUUAGAUUUUCUUCACUUAUCCUCCAAACUUACACUGAUAUGACAUUUCUGUUCUACAGCUACGGGAACCAUUAUAUGCUAUAUUAACUGCACAAAACCUUUCUUUAAAAAAAAAACAAAAAACAAAAAAAAAGAACAUUUAAAGAGAGCAAUCAGUUAGUAACGCCUGAUCCUGUUUUAAAAACACAAUAAUCCCAGACUCUUUUACCACUUGCAGGCUCUAAUGGAUUUCAGUUUUCAGAGUCAAAUCAUGUACAGUUUCCACUCAUGAAAAAAACCUGCUCUACUGUACACCUGCACCACAGCCUGCACAUGCACUAAGUCACCAAAAUAAAAAAAGUGUAUUUUCUGUUGCAUGGCAAUGUUCUCUCUGUGUGCCUUGCGUUGUGAUGGAACCCCUUUAGACGAUAUAAAGCGCUUUCUGGAGCUGGGGGAUACACCUCUGAAG